AUGCAAGUUGAUGAUAAAUUUGUCAAGGAGAUGUUCCUGGAGCGCCUGCCCACAGAUGUUAAAGCGAUCCUGGCGUCCGGCUCUCAGGAUCUCACAGUGUCACAGUUGGCUGAGAUGGCGGAUCGAAUGAUAGAGGUGCAACGAUUCCAGUCACCUUCCGUUGCCCAGAUCUCAUCCUCAUCGUCAGUGAAUGAGCAUUUACUAAAACAGGUGUCGGCCAUGGCAGAUGAGAUGGCCUCUCUUAAAAUACAGCUCGCCCGCCUAAGUUCCAGUCGCUCACGCAGUCGUCGUCGUUCUCGUUCGCGACCUCGGACUGCUGAUACUUGCUGGUACCACACUAAUUUCGGCGUAAAGGCCCGUCGCUGUUCCUCACCUUGCUCUUUUAAGCCAAAACAGGGAAACCAGUCAGCCAGAGAAUAGAUGCGACCGUUUUCUCUGGCUCCUCCGGCUCUGGUCGCACCUUCUAUGUUUGCGACGCUGCGACUCGCAGACGUUUUCUGGUGGACACUGGAGCUCAAAUCAGUGUUGUUCCCCCAACUGCAGCUGAUCGCCCUUUCCCUAGUCCUGGUCUUCAUAUUCAAGCUGCUAACUGUUCCCCAAUUCUCACUUUUGGCAGUCUGUCCCUCACCCUGAACAUUGGCCUUCGUCGGUCAUUUACUUGGAUCUUUGUGAUUGCUGAUGCCCCUCAUGCAAUCCUUGGCUCGGACUUCCUUGCCGAGUUCGAUCUCCUUGUUGACUGUCGACGUGCCCGUCUCCUCGACCGCACAACCGGUCUGUUCGUCCGUGGACUAACUCCAUUUACUGCCCCCACCAACUUAUCUGUCCUGGAUACAGAUAUUGCCAGUCCUUUUCGGCAAUUGCUGCUUAGUCACCCCAACAUAAUUAACGCCCAGUUUCGCAGUGGUGAAGUUCAACAUGAUGUUGUGCACCAUAUCCGCACCUCAGGUCCUCCCGUGUUUGCUCGACCGAGACGACUAGCACCGGAGCGUUUUCAGGCCGCGAAGGCGGAGUUUGAACACAUGCUGCAACUGGGAAUAAUUCGACCGUCCGAUAGCCCUUGGGCGUCCCCACUGCACAUGGUGCCUAAGGCAACAUCAGGCGACUGGCGGCCCUGUGGUGACUAUCGUGCCCUCAACAAUGCGACCAUCCCGGAUCGUUAUCCCGUCCCUCAUAUUCAAGAUUUUUCUGGAGCUCUUUUCGGCAAAUCGGUUUUCUCGAAGAUUGACCUUGUUCGGGCCUUCCAUCAGAUUCCUGUCGCUCCUGAGGAUGUUCCCAAAACUGCCGUCACCACUCCAUUCGGCCUGUUCGAAUUUGUUUGCAUGCCAUUUGGUCUUCGCAAUGCUGCCCAAACAUUUCAGAGGUUCAUUGAUCGAGUCCUACGUGGUCUCCCGUUUGUGUACGCCUACAUCGAUGACCUCUUGGUGGCCAGUCGAAAUGCCGAGGAACACAAAGAGCAUCUUGCCUUAGUGUUUGACCGCCUCGAUCAGUUUGGCGUGGUCAUUAACCCUUCAAAGUGUGUCCUGGGUGUGCCGUCCCUUGAUUUUCUUGGUCACCAUAUCGAUGCACAAGGUUUGCGUCCCCUCUCUUCCAAGGUUGAGGCCAUUCGUGACUUUCCUCCACCAACCUCCAAGCGUCAGCUGCAACGUUUCCUUGGCAUGGUAAACUUUUAUCGCCGGUUCCUACCGAACUGUGCCGACCUUAUGCUGCCACUCACCAACGUGCUCUCUGGUCCCAAGGGUCCUUUUGAGUUACGUGGCCACGCGCUGACUGCAUUUGAGAGACUAAAGACCUCCCUUGCUGAUGCUACCUUGCUCACUCAUCCUGCUCCAGAAGCCCCUUGUCCCUGAUGGUAGAUGCUUCGACCGUUGCCGUAGGAGCAGUCCUCCAACAGCAUAUCAACAACUCGACACGACCGUUGGCAUUCUUCUCCAAGAAGCUUUCACCUGCCGAGACGAGAUAUAGCACGUUUGGCCGUGAACUUCUUGCCAUUUACCUAGCCGUAAAACAUUUCCGACACUUCCUUGAGGGUCGUGACUUCACCAUUUUCACAGACCACAAACCACUUAAAUUUGCCAUCCGAUCCCAUUCAGACAAAUAUAGCCCGAGAGAGAUUUCUCAUUUGGAUUACAUCUCGCAAUUCACCACCGACAUCCGCCACAUUGAUGGCCCGAAGAAUGAGGUGGCUGAUAUGCUGUCCAGACCCUCACUGUCUUCCCUCCAACUCUCACACGGGAUCGAUCUUUGUGCCAUGGCGGCUGAGCAGCAGCGAGUCGGUUGUCCUGGCGACGAGUCUGUUAGUGGUCUUCAACUCAAAGACGUUCCUCUGACCACCGGCUCUGGUACCAUACUUUGUGACGUCUCAACUCCCUUUCAUCGCCCUUUUGUGCCCGCCUCGAUGCGUCGAGCUGUAUUUCAAACUCUACAUGAACUCUCCCACCCUGGGAUCCGAGCCUCUCAAAAGCUCCUCGCGGAAAGGUUUGUCUGGCCUGGCAUGAACAAGGACGUCAAAGCUUGGGCCCGGUCGUGUCUGAGCUGCCAGCGCAACAAGGUGCAGCGUCACAACAAGUCCCCACCAGGCACUUUCCCCAGUCCCGACGCACGGUUCAGCCAUGUGCAUCUGGAUGUCGUAGGCCCCUUGCCUCCACCCAAUGGUUUCACCUACCUCCUUACCUGUGUCGAUCGAUAUACUCGCUGGGCUGAAGCUAUUCCUUUGCCGAAUGUUCAGGCUGAAACCAUCGUGAAGGCCUUCGUCAGUCGUUGGGUCGCCAUGUUCGGUGCCCCAUCCGCGGUUACGACUGAUCGUGGUGCCCAGUUUGAGUCGGCACUCUUCCAAACGCUACUCAAUUUUCUUGGCUGCACACGCAUUCGGACGACAGCCUACCACCCAGCUGCCAACGGUAUGGUUGAACGUUUCCAUCGCCAGCUAAAGACCGCCCUGCGUGCCGUAGAAGACCCAGGAAACUGGUCGGACAACCUUCCUCUUGCACUCCUCGGCAUCUGCGCAGCUCUGAAGUCGGAUCUGGGCUGUAGCGCAGCCGAAUUGGUUUUCGGCACUACCCUCCGACUGUCAGGCGAGAUGAUCACCCCAACCUCUCGUGGAGCCGACGAGACUCCUGACAAUCUUGUGCACCGUUUGCGACAAUUUAUGCGCUCGCUUUCCCCGGUUCCACCUCGAGCUCCAAUGACUGAGUCUUAUGUCGAAAAAGACUUGGACAAAUGUACUCAUGUGUUCGUCCGGUGUGACCGUGUGCGCCAGUCGCUGGAAUCACCAUAUGAAGGACCGUUCCGCGUGCUCGCGCGCAACACCAAGACCUUCCGAAUUCUUUGCAAUGACAAGGAGGACGUGGGCAGUGUCGAUCGGGUCAAGGCUGCUGUUGCGGAGGAGCCGCCGGACCUGUCACAAGGACAAACAUGUGCUGACCCCCUAACACCUGUUCCUCCAUCUUCCCUAUCCCCUACUCGUUCACCCUGCCCACUGCCUUGCCCUUCCCCUCCCUUGCCCUCUACCCCUCCGUCCCGCAUACUUCCUCUCCCUACAUGUCAACAACAUCCAACUGCAACACCAUCGUCCAGCACAGCACGCAGUCAACCCUCUUCGACUGUACCUCCUGCAUACAUAACUCGCAGUGGCCGUCACGUUCAUUUUCCCGAUCGUUUAGUUACCCAUUUUUUCUAGACUUGUGCAUAUCCUCCAGCGCCGUAUCCCGUCGCCCUCCGGUCUAGAAGGGGGGUACUGUGGUGAGGUACCAGACUAAUUUACCUUUGACAAUUUAGUCCCAUUUCCUUUGACCGCAUUGCUUGUUUGAAUGUGACGAGAAACGACACACCUGUACAACCCGCCGUGCUAGCGUGCUCUGCUGUGGUAUCCUGUUGUCAGUUUUCUUAACGUUCAAAAACCUCUACAUUAUUCACCGCUCCGAUUUACUUGCUGCAUUUAAGGCUAGGGGCUCGUGAGAUAUAACUCGUUAGUUCGUGAGAACAUUACGAUUUACGACAGAAGUACAUACUCUCACGAAUAUUCCUGCAACUAGAGACGAAGCCCAAUUUGGGGUAGGCUCGUCAUCGGUCAGACCAAGUAUCAAACAACAUUCGUUGAAUGGAGGUGCUGUGGACAGAUCACUAUGUGUGGUCGUCCAUGGACUUCAUAAAUCAACGAACGAUAACCCCAAAUGAGGAUUAAUGAUGAUAUCAUGACCUUACAAAAGUGUCUGGGUAGCGUAAUAAAAGAAAAUGAAGCCAUAAAGAUUCUGAACCUUUCCGGCUAAGCAGGAAAUAUAGCGCGGGCUCUCAGAGGAUGAAACGAAGGCCUUUAAAGAUAGUUAAAAAAAUUAAACUCCAGAGGGAUCUUCUGCUUGAACGAAUAGUAGGGAGGAUCCUUGGCCAUAGAGGACUUUUUUCAACCGGACUACUCGGUAAAAGAGAGAAUGGAAUAAAGGGCACUGAAGGCGGAGCUGGCGACCUUGAAAGAACAAGGAGAGGAAGGACUAGUAAUAAUGAACGGAGUGAUCGUUCGACGACAAAGACCCCCCUGUGGAGGACUCCUGUCAUACUAACGAAGGCCACGCGGCCGGGCAAUUAAUUCGACACAACAGCCUACAUAAAAUUAAGUUCUUCUACGGAAAUGUACAAAGCCUCUUGACGAAACUCGACUAACUUCGAAUAAUUGUGGCCGAACUAUGUCCUGAUGUUAUUGCAUUAACUGAAACGUGGCUCAUCCCAGAUGUCACAGGCCCUCAAAUGCAGUUAGAUGGUUAUCAAUUGCUAAGACGAGACCGAACCAAAAAGCGAGGUGGCAGAGUUGCUCUAUAUAUCAGCAAUGCGGUCGAAUAUAACCCUGUUGAAGAAUGUGUAAAUGAGCAUGAUCUGGAGAUGCUUCAGUGUCAUUUGCUGGUCCACAAAGCCGAAAACGUUACUAUCAACGUUGUAUAUAGGCCUCCAAAUCAACCUGCCGACGAAGAUCAAGCGUUAAUCACUCGACUCCGGUAGGACAGUCUAAACCAAAACAUUAUUAUUGUAGGAGAUUUGAAUGCUCCGCGGAUUAACUGCGACCUUAUGACAGUUAAGGGUCACAGAAAAGGAUUCGACUAAAUACAAUUAGACAUGGCAUUUGAUGAAUUUCUGUUUCAACAUGUACGAAAUGUGACUCGGAUGCGUGAAGGUUAGAGAGAUAGUUGCCUAGACCUUGUGUUUACCAAGGACGAGGAAAGCGUUGAUGAAAUAAAUGCAGGCCCGCCCCUAGGUUCUUGUGAUCACAUGACAUUAAUGUGGGAGUCGACACUCAGAGCCGUCCCCGAACGAAGCUCAAAGUCGUUAAGAAAUGUCUGGCGGGGUAACUUUGAGGCAAUGAAGUCAGAGAUUGGAUACACACUAUGGACGGAAUCAUUAAGAGGAGACGUCAAAAAAUGCUGGAAACCCUCGAAUCAACUAUGAGAGUCCUGCUUAAACGAUACAGUCCCCUCAAGAAACAUCCAACCGGAAACAAACCCAAAUGGCUGUCAACCAUGGUUAAGAAGGAAAUCCAAAAAAACGCAAGAUGUGGAAAAUCUUCUUAAAAACAGAGAACCCAGCAAAAACAUUAGGAAUUCGGACAACAACGAACCCCAUGCAAAAGACGCAUCCGAGGAGUAAGAGCUUCUUAUGGACUGGAGCUCCUAAAAGAGGCGCAACAAAAACCUAAAUUGCUCUAUGCAUAUAUCAGGAGCAAUACGAAAGCCGACGAUGGAAGCUUGUUUGAAUUUGAAACGUCGGGACGGUUAAACCACGGCUCCCGAGAUCGACUUUCCUUCUCAUGUAUGUAUAUAUGAUUUUCCCACGAAAUCAUUAACUUACAAUAAUCAGUCAGAAAAACAAAAGUAAGUCGAUUGAGGAAAUGCCCUUUGGCCCUAAAAACAGUCUUUCUCAGCAUAUGUCGACGACUCACCGUUGCGUUAUUUAGGCGACGUUCUCACGUGAACUGCGGGAACGAGAGUGAGUCUAGUAGAAUUUCAGCCACUGAGAUGAAAACAACAAUUCAACCCUAGAAGAUAUUUUGGAUGUUUGAAACUGUUAUAAGCUGACGCAUAUUGUGCCAGUAGAUCUCACUGUGAUCGAAUUGGCCUUGAGCGAUUCUCUCUAAGACAAAACACUAGCUUCUCCCAUCGCCAACUUAUUUUGCGUGCCACGUCUAAAAUUAGAUGUAAGAAUUACUCACGAAUGUUGAUGGGUGGAUAGUGUGCCUAUAAGCACACGCUUCAAAAAGUGCAUGGCUCAGGUAAAGCGUGCGCAUUUGCUGAUUGGUGGGAUAAAUCAAAGCACCGGGUGUGCUGCGGCAUUGCCGCAGCUAAAGUCACCCGAUAAAUGUAUCGCUAAUCUCGUAACGGGAUGUGAGUAGUUGGCACGUCAACUGAGAUGCCGCAGAACUCAGCGUUACCAAGCAGACUCAGAGGUUAUCUACUUUUGGCAGUGAGUUUUGUCAUCUUUCUGCUAACCGCAGAAUGGUGGACAUUCCUCCAUUGGGGAAUACUCACCAGACCAUAUUCCGGCAUCUGGCAGGCCGACGGGUAUCGUCUUGCUUUCUCGCACAGGACAAACACCUUUGACUUGUCUCUCGUAGUGCAGGUCAAGGACAACGCCACCAAAAGUUCCGAUCGAUGGGUCCUUGGUCGGCUCAUUCAGCGAAACCAUUCUGGGCGUCAGCGAUAUACCUUUGCGGAAAUGGCAGAGAUUGCAGAUGGGGACUGGAUAUAUCCCAUUCCUCGUUCUGUCUUCUCGCUCUAUCCGCAGGCGUUGGAUAUAAAGCAGGUGGUUGCUGACAUAAGGAAAGGUCGACCCGUACCAGAGGUAAGCUCAAGUACUUUCGAGUUAAAAUCAUCUGACCAUUUCAGCAAACCUGCUAACUCACGGUGUUAGCCGACAUUCUACAAUGUGUUUCCAAUUAAUGAGAUCAAUUACAAAGCGUUCUUAUGUUGAGUAUCGUGCAGCUGAAUCCGCGAAUAUUUCAGUCGGGUCAAAACCCUGGGUUAUUUUCCGACGGCCUCAUAAAAUAUUAGACGCAUGCGUGCGCAAAAUGUCUGCUAAAUCAGUUAGGGGAAAUGUUUACUACUUAAUAUCACCUUACACAUCUGUAUAACAUGCUGGGCUCGAGCAGAUUGAGAAGGCAACUUAAGCCUUCUCUAGAAAUUAUGCUUGAAGAAUGGGUAUCUGUCGCUUUUAAAUAACUUUACUAAUUUCCGAAACACAGUUACACUUGACUUCAAGGUUUCCUUUCUUCAUGAUGCAAAUGUUCUUUGUAAGCAGUCAGGGUUAAGCAUACGACUAAUGUUAUGUUUGGGAUUAAGAUGUAAAAAUACUCGACCCUGAAAUUUAACGCAUAAGCAUCUUUCAUGCUGGCGGGUCAAUAUUACCCGUAUCAUACCAAGGCAAAUGCUGUGUAAGCAAGCGCUAUAACUGGUGACAUAUUGCAUGAUUUUAUCACAAAAAUCACUGCUGACAUCAAAACAACAGUGCUGCAGUCAGUCUGCGGCCAUUAUCACUUUCCAAACAGCUCCACUUUAGCGUUCCUUUGUAACACUUCGCAGACGAUCCAGCAGACCCGUUGUCUCACGCAAGGUUAUCCGACAUUUUACAAUGUGCUGCCGUUCAAAAAGGUAAACUAAAAGGCUUGUAAUUUUAAAUAUCUUGCAGUAGAAUCCGCAGAUAUUUCAGACUGGUCAGGACGUCUACGUUUAAAAGAGUUUAAUUCCGAUAGCCUAAGAAAUCUUAUUAGUUGCGCCUGUAUACAAAAGGUCUGCGGAAUCAAUUAGAAGUAAUUUCUUACCUCUGAAAACAGUACACACACAUAUCUGCACAACGAUUGGAUGGAGUAGAUUGAGCUUAUUACUCUUAAUUUCCGAAUGCCUAAAUUUACCCACGGAAAAAUAACGAAUUUUUUUGUGUGCCCUUCUGCUUACAAUUUCCAUAACAAAACCUUGAAAUGGCUACCAUAGUAACCCACGAAAUGUUUGUGUGUUUGUUGAAAAAGAAUGCUGCCCAGCAGGCGUUCGGGAAAAGCCUGUUAAAUUAUUCAGUGGAAUGGUUCACAUCAUUCUGCACGUUUGGUAGGCCUACCAAAACACCCAAUGGUCCAAAACAAACAAACUUUGACCAGGAAUUCAACCAAACGCAGAAAUAAUGUGACGGGCGGCAGGAAUUCCAGUUGGACAAGUGCGCCGGAAACGAGGUCUGCAACCACACCCCGAAUGUUGGCAUUCGUUUGAAGUGUGUAUUCUCUGCAGACCUCAAUGUGGCUCCCCCCACACGUGUUGGCCGGAUUAGUGCAUAUGCACUGUAGCCCCUUUCGGAAGGCAUAGUUGCUGCUUGAACACCUGACUAAAGGCCGGCAGUUUCUGUUGCCUCAUAAUUUUGUCUCCAGCGAACCUGUGUUCGAAGCGCAUUCGAUAAUAAUUUGUAGUCAAAGAACAAUACGUAAAAUGUAUUCAGCAAAUACAGUGAGUGACAUAUCACAUUAAUUGUUGGCUGAAAUUCUAAAAAAUGCGUUUUCCAUUAGGAAGGAUUACUUGGACGCGGUUUUAAUACUGAUUAUCUUGCUACAUAAUCUGUUAACAGUUCAAACUCGGUAGGAUAUCGGCUUUUGGUUACAGUGCCUUUCCACUUCCUGUAGAAACUGUGCUUGGUAAAAAAUGACUACUUAAGUAGCAUGCAUUUUUCUCAUUGAUUUUCGAUGGUCUUGCAUAUUCGGAUAUAUCCUAUAGAAACCAGAAACAAAAUAUGCUUUCUUUCAGUCAAUUAAUAGAGACUCACGCCUACUAUAUAAUUUUUAUUCAAGGAAGGAGUAUAAUAAGGUUUUAAAAAAGUUUCUUAUUAUGAGAUUUUUUAAGACCACGCAAUGUCCAUUCUCAUAGCGGCGUACCUGGACGUUUACGACAGCUCCUCGUCAAAUGUACAGCAUAGUCCGUAUCCAUCGCAAAAUCUUAUAAACUCUAUAUGGCACCUUCUAAAGGCAUAGAGGUUUAUAUGAUUUCCCUUACAUGGAAAGCACGCACCUUGUAAACGAAAAUCCCUAAACGCUAAUGUAAUGGCAGAUUUGGGUCAAAAUUAUUUGGGAAUUGAAAAACAUUUUUGAACCCUAAUUUUACUCCUUUCCUGAAUAAAAAAUCCAAAGAGGACCUGAUUCUCUAUAAAUUGACUGAAAGAAAGAACAUUUUUGUUUAUGGUUUCUACAAGAUAUUUAUUAAUUUAUAAGACCAUCGAAAACCAAUGAGAAAAAUGCAUGCUACUUAAGUAGUCACUUUUUGCCAAGUACGGUUUCCACAAGAGAUUAAAGGGCAGUGUAUUUAAAAGCUGACAUCCUGCCGAGUUUGAAAUAGUAUAGGACCAUGGCGCAAGAUAAUCAGUAUUACAACCGCGCAUAAGUAAUCCUUCCUAAUCGGAAACACAUUUCAGAAUUUCAGUCAACGUUUCACGAGAUAGGUCACUCAUUGUAAGGUAGAUGGGCCAUCCCAUUAAAAGCUAACCAAUUAGACUAUAGUGCUCAGUUAAUUUGUAGUAGUAAUUGCUCCACAGCAUAAUUCGCAGAUACAUAUUUUAGUCUUAACAGAACGCUGGCAUUUUAGAGAGUUUCUUUCGGUCGAGUGGAAAAACUGCACUCUCUAUGACGGGAUAACAUAGCUAUCCCUAGUUUUCUUCAUUGCUUUUUUAGACCCCUAUUAUAUGAAAAUAUGAAUAGAAAGAUUUUUCCCAUACUAUGGUCACGCCAAAUUAUGCCUGUUCCUAGAAAGGAUGCUUUAAGAAGUGGUGGCUGAAACUUUUACAAAACAUUUCCAAUUUACGAGUAAUUUUAAGCCCGAAACAUUAAUACACUUGCCGCAAGAUUUAUGAUUAUCAUGCUGCAUGUGUUACACAAUAUGAGCAAGUUUUAAGGCGGAAAUACUCAUCCCGUAUACGUUGUUAGCUUUAAGGCCCUUUCAAAGUCAGACCAAAGUUAAAGACUACCGUUAUGGAAAGAAUUAAUAUGCGAAAAAUAGCAUCCUUGCGAUUUAAAGUAUAAGCACAUUUUAUACUGUUAGAUAGCUAUUACUGUAUUUGAUUAAAGCACACGCACCUAAGCCAGCGCUAUAACUGGUAGCAUAACCCAUGAUUUUAUCAAAGAAAUCGCAGCUGAAAUUACUACAGCAACCAUAUAGUCAUUCUGAAGUUGUUCUGAAUCGCGAAACAGUUUCCCUUAAAUGCCUCUCUGUGAUGUCCCUUGGAUUUUAGAGAAUUCUGAUAUCGACAGAUUUCUUAGCCUCAUUGUAGGCAGGUAAACUGCUUCAGACACCACAGAGUACACCUCAGUUCUCGAGGGAUUCUAUAUUCCAAGACAGAUCUGACAGGAUUGGCCAAUGUCUCGCUGGACCCUUGUUCCCGUCUUGAUUGUUAGUAGUUCGAAUCGGUACUAUGGAUUCCAUCUCGGUGUUUUCUGCAUUUAUCGACUCCUGGAUAAAUCAGCGCAUUACUAUGCGGCCAUUCCCUAACACCUUGUCUGGAACAGAAAAUGGGCGGCUGAAAUUUUGUUUUACCUAAAUUGGGUCAUUGGUUUAGGACACAACUGUCGAGUUAGGGGUUUGUCAGUUGCCACCGUGGACCAACGCUUCCCGAGAGCAGCAUACGUAGAACCAGUGUUAUUCUGGACAUUCAUCGAUUUUUUUUGUGAACUACGAGGGUGUUGCUGAAGCACAGCUAGUCGACCUAGACUUCGACACCUGAUUGGUCGUUUUCUUAUCGAUUUUUUUGGCCUCAGCCCAAUGUCCAAAACAUUCGCAUGGAAAUUUAUGACACAGGUAUCUAACCUAUGCACCGUCAGUUCAGGUAAUAAAUAUUAAAGAAAUUGUGCAAAUAGGUUGUGAUGAGACAUGUAAGAGGUAGUGGAAAUAAAAUAAAAAUAUUUUCUACGUAAGUGCUAUCACAAGCUUCCACUUUGAUUUCUUCAACAAAUUCACAGACAAUCGAUUUCAUCGCUGUGAUGUAAACUAAGUCAGAUAUUCUUUUCGUCAAAUGUCGUAAAGCUGUAUAUGGUUUAAUCGCCUCCUUCUUCAUCCACAGCCUCCUAUAUUUAGUCAGACAAUCAGAUUCCUCAGCGUCAGCUCGACCGUCUGUGUCCCAGGAAAAGCAGUCGAGAGACCACUUAAUGCUAUUGUGGUCAUAAAGUCAGCUGUCUACAAUUUUGCAGAUCGGGAUCGUAUACGGAGGGCUUUUGCUGAAGAAACCCAGCGCGAACCUGAAUUUCGCAUGGCUGCGGUCUUCUCUGUGGGUCUACCCCGCAACAGCGGAGGUCGGUUCUUCCAACGAGACGGUUUCAACAUCACACUGCCGGAUCGGGCAGGUGAGAGCAUGCUGAAGAUGCAGUUUGAGAGAUCAGAAGUUCUGAGAAAUCUGACAGAAGAAGCCCGAGUGAAGGGUGACCUCGUACUGGGUGACUACGAGGACACCUACUACAACCUCAGCCUCAAAUUAUUUCAUACGUUCCAAUGGGCCUCCACCUUCUGUCGCCCGCAUUUCAUCUCCCAACAACGACCUCCUGUCUUCGUCGUCCUCGAUGAUGACUAUGCUUUCAAUGUAAGCGUCCUGAAGACCGAAUUGGGCGCCCUCAAUGACACGCAGAUUCGACGAGUGACUUGGGGCUUGAAGCGUGUUAGUGCAAAGGUCUAUCGUCCCUUUACUACAAAGGCUUUCGAAAAGUGGUCUGUCUCCAAGCGCGAGAUGCCUUGGCCUUACUACACGCCUUUUGCCUACGGCAUUUUUUUGGUCUUCGGCGCUGAUGUUAUGCAGGAAAUUGCACUUGCUAUGUACUUUACCCUGCAGUUUCCAAUAGACGAUGCCUGGUUAGGCCUGGUCAUGACAAAGUUAGAUCUCGAUUUUCAAACUCGUCCCCACAUGUACAAAGUUUGGCCAAAGGGUGUUAGAAAGGAGUUGAUUUUGUUUGCACGCCUUGAUUACCUCUUUCCUUUAAAAUGA